AUGUCUGGUGGUGGAAAGGAUCGUAUUGCUGUGUUCCCAUCUCGAAUGGCCCAAACGGUCAUGAAGACUCGUCUGAAGGGAGCACAAAAGGGUCAUUCGCUACUGAAGAAGAAGGCUGAUGCCCUGAAUAUGCGUUUCCGUGAUAUUCUUAAGAAGAUUGUCGAGAAUAAAGUUCUUAUGGGUGAAGUUAUGAAAGAGGCAGCAUUUUCACUUGCUGAAGCUAAGUUCACCGCCGGUGACUUCUCGCAUACGGUCAUUCAGAACGUCUCGCAAGCUCAGUACCGUGUACGUAUGAAGAAGGAGAACGUUGUCGGUGUUAUGCUGCCCGUAUUUGAUGCUACCGCUGAAGGGCCUGACGCAUAUGAUCUUACGGGUCUUGGUAAAGGAGGAGCUAACAUCGCUAAACUGAAGAAGAACUACAAUAAGGCUAUUGAACUUCUGGUAGAGCUGGCGACUUUGCAAACAUGUUUCAUCACACUAGAUGAGGCGAUUAAAGUCACGAAUAGAAGAGUCAACGCCAUUGAACACGUAAUUAUCCCUCGUAUUGAGAAUACGCUCACAUACAUUGUAACGGAGUUGGACGAAAUGGAGAGAGAAGAGUUUUUCAGAAUGAAAAAAAUCCAAGCAAACAAGAAAAAACAAAAGGAAGCGGAGGCAGUGGAACGUGCUGCGGCAGGCUUCGAUGUUGUAACCGAAAACGAAAACCAACCGAGGAAUCUACUAGCAAACGAGGACGAUCUACCUAUAUUAUUCAAUUAA